CGUUCUAUCGCUGUGGUGUAUAGACGUGUGGUUUAAGUAAAUGUGCGUUCUUAAUUGUGUUUCAUGAAACUUAUAUUGUGUGGUUGUGAUUAUUCGGAUUAUACAGUUAUAUUUAAGAUGAUCAACAAAAUGGUGUAAGAUACAAAAUCAAAAUGGCCGAAGAAGUGAUACAACAUACUUACAACCAGAAAACAAAGGAACCGAAGAAAUCAAUGAAUGAAUUAAUUAACAUCAAAAAUAUACACAAACCAAUUGAUAUAAUAAUUUACAAUAUGAAAAGUCCCAACUGUGUAGUGUACAACCACUUCAGCAAUAAAGAAGACUACAGGAAAGGCAGAAGGGAAUAUAGUCUUUACAAAUACUGUUUUAUAAGCGUUUGUCUCAGUUUUACACUUGGUUUUGUAAUAGGGGCUUUUAUUAUGGGAUCCCAAAUAACCAAAACACCAAAUUUUAGUCAAAGAAGAAUAACCCUUAAUAAUACUUUAAGUAAUCUUAGAACAUUAAACUCAGUGAAAGUGCCAAAUGAAUUAAAGGAAAUAGAAACUAAAGAAAGAGAUUUCACCGCUGUAUCGUUUACUGGUGAUAACAAUAGACAUAAGAUGGAUAUAUACCCGAAAAGUUUAACAGAAGAUAUGAAAGAGAUUCUGAAAGAUAAUAAAGUCAAUCACCAUAAACAUAAAAUAGAAAAUGUAUUCAAUACAACAUUGCAUGUACCCAAUUCAGAGACUAUUCUUUAUGAGAAUAUAUUUUGGGGGCCAGAGGUCGAAAAUGCUAUGCCUCAAGGAUAUGGAGAAAGUACAGCAAAUAUUUGGGAGAAAUAUGUUAAUCAAAGUGAAAUUGUUAAAAUGGAAGCGGGUUGCGGUCGCAUGCAGAAUCGUCUAGUCACUUUCAACAGUGGUCUCCAAGCUUGCGUAAGAUAUCGUCAAAAUACAGACCAAAUACAAGGAGAAAUCUUUAGUUUCUAUGUAGCUAGGCUGCUCAAUCUUACAAAUCUCGCACCAUCUGUUGUUAAAGUUGUUGAUCUUAAAGAUAAGCUAUGGGCAAACGUAGCUAACGACAUAUCAAAUGCACAGUGGAAUACAAAUAGAGCAGUGGUACUAACGCAGUUUAUUCCAAGCUUAGAAUCAGCUACGAUUCCAGAAAUUUUCAAACCAUCCAAUCGUCAUUUAAACAAGAAUGAUAUCCUAGAAAUGGUUUCUAAAGAAAAAGAAGCAGUUAGUAAUAAACAGUUUCUAAUUGAUAAGAUAAAGUCGAAAAGUAUUAAAGCUAAGAAUGAUAAAAAGAAAGCUUUUGACCAUAUCGAUAUGAAACUAAGUAAGAAAACGACGGAAUUAUUUGUUGAAUUAGCGCAAUGGUCGGAUUUGAUUAUUUUCGACUAUCUAACAGCAAAUUUAGAUAGAAUUGUAAAUAAUUUGUUUAACUAUCAAUGGAAUGUAAAUAUAAUGGAUGGGCCAGCGCAUAAUUUAGCUAGGAAAAUGGACAGUGGGUUGCUUGUGUUUUUGGAUAAUGAAUCCGGAUUACUUCAUGGUUAUAGACUACUGAAGAAGUAUAACGUUUAUCACAGCUUAAUGUUGGAUAAUUUGUGUGUGUUCAGAAAAAAGACAGUGGACUCACUAAAGACUUUACACCAAGGACUGAUUGGUGAAAAGUUAAGUGAUAUAUUUCAUAAGAAAAAUAAUGCUGUAAUUAGAGAUAUUUUGCCUCCGUUACCGGAGAAAAAUUCUAAAAUAUUACACGAAAGAAUAGGAAAGGUUUUGAGUCAAAUCGAGAAAUGUGAACAAUCUUUUGGUAGAUAGUUUUAAAUGUCUGUGAUAGAGCAUUUAUUUAAAGACUGCUUGUAUUAGACUUAAAUUAUAAAAUAACUUGGUCUCAUUAUGAGUUUAUAAGGAAUUACUGCUCGUUUAAACACUCGUAAUUUACCAUGUCAUAUCUUGUCCAGUGUUAAUUUCCAAUUAUAACCCCCAGUUGAGUUGUUUGAUAGACAAAUAUUGGUUGCAGCCAAAAAUCCAGGAUCAUCAAAGUAAGACACGUAUUGUCCAAAAAGUCGUGUAGUUUACUGAUUGUUGCAAAGUUAUUUUGACGCGUUACGGUUCCUUAAAUAGUUUAAUUCUGUAACACGCCUUUAUAAAGACAUCAAUAAUUAUAUCAUACCCUCAAAAACAGAAUUUCGUGCGACUUCGCUUUAAUUGUAUUUUAUAUGUAAACAAAUGUAAUAUAUUAUCUAUUUAAGUGUUUUGCAAGUGAUAUCAUUUGAUACCAAAUAUUAUUUAUUGUAUAAAUUUAAAUUUUGUGCCAGUGUUAGAUAUAGUAUUAAUUUGUAUAUUUUGUAAAUGUUUUAAUGCGGGAAUUAAAUGAGUUUCGCUAUUAAUUACAUAAUGGUAAAUUAUUAAAGGUAUUGUUUCAGUUAUCAUUUCAGAAUUAAACGGAAAUAUGUUUAAAAAUGUACUUGACAUAAGAAGACAUUCAGAUGUUUUUUAUUUCACGUUUUAGUGCCCUAGUACUUAUAAAGUGUCAACAUUAGUCUAAGUUAGUGUAAAUUUGUUAAGACUAUGUUUAUCUAGGUAUAUUGUGAUAUGUGUAUUUAUUUUAGCACCAGACUUAUUUGUAACGGCAAAAUGUGCUAACAGCAACGCAACGAAAAAAAUUAAUGUGAAAUUUAAAAAAUGUGAAAUCUUGAAAAAAAUUAAAUGAAUUAUAUAUUGAAACCUAUAAAUAAAAUAUCACUUAAAAGCUGAAAAUGCUUUUAUACUUGUCUUGUAAUGUCUUUACGCCAAGCCUCAGGAAAUAAAUUUAAUUCAAGUAUUUUGUAAAACCUUUAAAGAUAUGUGUCAAAGAUAAUAAUGUUUGUAAUUAUACAAUUAAAUAUUUGGAAAUAUUAAUUUAAUUUAUUUAUCAAGUUAAAUACAUUAUAAUGUUUAUUUUUGGAAAUAAUUCAUUUCAAAAUUCAGCAACAUACGUUUAACCCAUUUAUUAAAAUGAUAUAUUUAAUAAUAUGUUAACUAUUGAUCAUAUUACUACUUGUAAAAGAAUUUUACUUACAAGUUUAUUCAAUACAAACAAAAACAUUUUAUCUCUUUCCCAUCCACGUUCUUUAAAUUCAAAAGCUCAUAGAUUUUGACAAUUAUGAAUAAGUCUUUCGUAACCGUAUCAGUUACGGGAACUUAUGUAAAUAAAUGUAAAAUAUGUAAUUUUAAUAAAAAAAGAUCUUUCAUA